GGUAGCGUGUUAGAGUUUAGUAGUGCCUCAGAGCUAUGGUCCUGCCUGAUUUGCAGAAACUUGUACUAUGAUACCAUUAGCAGCUAACAUGUGCUGGGUGAUGAAUCGGAAUCGUAGCCGUAACGUAUUCCGAGUUUUGAUCUGUUUGCUGGAGCUUGUAGCUUUGCAUGGAGGGGCUGGGGAGAAACAAGCGCCUGCCGAGAGGGAGAUUAGAGACCUCGGUCCCCUUAUCGAGAUGUUGGCUGGAAAAGUUAGUCCCCGUCCUCCGCUGCCCUCGAAACAAGGGAUGGAUGAUCAACACAUGGAAUAUAUGGCCACUCUCUACAAGCAGUUAGCAGAUCGUGAUGGGAAGCCUAAAGCUAACCGGACCAUUAUGACUAACACUAUUCGGUUGGUGAAACCCAGUGCAAGUAUCCUGCUCGCCGACUCCGGUCAUUGGCAUGUGCAUCAUGUUCAAUACAAUCUGCAUUAUCUUCCAGAGCUGGAGCACUUGAUUAAAGUUGUUGUUGUUUAUUUGCACAGUCCUCUUGCCAAUCAACUCUUAGUCUCUUGUGAAAUCAGAUGUCUCCUUGCAAACUAUGUUAAUCUAAACUUCAUACAGAAUGCCACUGACAUAGAAUUGCCCAUAAGGUUUAUAUUAAACCUGAAUGAACGAUGGGCAGAAGCUGAUGUAACUCCUUGUGUCUUUCUCCCAACUGGUAAUUCUGUGAAGAAAGUGGAUCUGCAUAUCAGUUACAAGUGUGCUGAAUUUGGAAAAGUCAAAGAAAGAACUCUGGACAAAAGAAAAAACUAUGCUGUCCAUUUACAAGUGCCUUCUCUGCUACUAUAUUUAAAUGACACAGAUAAAACUGCACAUCAAAGACAAGAAAAAUCAGAAAAACAAUCUCUAGAGGGUUCAUCCAAAUCCCGUGUCCUGUCUAGGAAGCCACGACAACUAAGCAACAUUGGCUCAGUCGUUCCUAACUAUCUUACGAGUCCUCCAAGGAACAAAUGCAAGCUCCAUUCAUUCUGGGUAAGCUUUGAGCAACUGGGUUGGGAUCAUUGGAUUGUGGCUCCUCAUAGGUACAAUCCAAAAUUCUGCAGGGGAGACUGUCCUAGAAUUCUUCACUAUGGUUACCACUCUCCAAAUCAUGCCAUAGUGCAGAAUUUUAUUAAUGAAAUUGUUGAUAAACAUGUGCCCCGUCCAUCUUGUGUCCCUCUGAAAUACAGUCCAAUUAGUGUCCUGCUGAAGGAACAAAAUGAUCACAUUGUGUACAAAGAGUACAAGGACAUGAUUGCUGUGUCUUGUACUUGCAAAUAAACUUUAGUGCCUAUUGUCAAUUCUAGAUAAUUUGGGGCUAGUUUAGGAAAAUAUUGAGUGCACUGACAUAGUUAACAUAAAAUGUGCAAAGUAAAUUGGUCUGGUCAUGUUUAUGUAAUCACAUUGAUCAAAGCAAGUCAUAAAAUGGCUUGCUGUUGAAUUUAAUUGCAGUGAAGGCUUAUUUCUACACUCUUCCUACAUUUAUGGCAACCUGAGUUCAUGGUGCAAAUGUAGCCCUUCAGUAUCUCAAGUUUAGCUUUGCAAAGACUGCAGCAGGGAGGAAAGGCAAAGUGGGUGUCCCAAGAACCUUCUGCAAAGACAAUGAAAGUGUUGAGACCAAUAUACUUGAUGUGGCAAGAAAUUGAUUCUGUAGUCUAGAUUUAAUGUAUUUAUAAUUGUGAUUUUGUAAAUAUCACUUCCAGUUUAUGCUAAACUUUGUCAAUCUUUUAUAUUAAAGUUGUCAAGUCUAAUACUGUUGACCCAUUGAAAAAAGAAUCCUUUCAAGAAAAUGUAAAUACUCAAAUUUUAACUCCUCCAGAAUUAGGAUUCCAACAAAGUUACUUCACCUGAGCUGCAGUAACCUUUUUAAGCCAUAUCAUGGGAACUUGCUAUUGCUUCAGCUGUAGUUUCACUUGAGGGUAAUUCACUAGGUGAUUCAGGAAGUCCUGAGUAAAAAUUACCUUCGUUGUAGGUACCUCUCUUCAUCAGAUGAUGCACAAGAUAAUACAAGGGUGUGGUGACCAGCAGGUGGGUGAGAGCUGAGGGAAGCACCAAACAAUUGGGGAGGGUGGGGGGUAACUCACUUAAGUGAGCGAUUUAUUGUUUGUUCACUAGGGAUUGUAUACAAUGGAACCAUAAGAAUUUUAAAUGGCUAAUGCACUUUGGUUUUAAACCAAACUUUUGCAUCUUAACUUUUAAACUCUACAGUGCCCAGAGAUUGGAACUGAAAUUGCAGUAUUUUUGGCUACUGUAGUUCAAAGGGCUAGCUUAAUCUGAAGUGUAUGUAGGUAGAAUUAAACUGUACUAAAGUCUGAAUUACUUACUAUGCUGGUCUUGUCACUUUUGCUGUAUUUCUAACAAACUUCAAACAUUUGCACUACACAUCAACAUUUUCCAUGUACAAGUGAUUUCUGUGGGCUAGCAUACUCAUUUGUCUGUUUUACAAUAUUCAAAAGUAAACAGAAGUUUGAACAUGGAUGCACUAAACUAGGUGGUCUGAGUGAGUUAUGAUUUUUGCACUUUGCUUUCAGCCCUCCCAUUUGUAUUAAAAUAUCUUUAAAUUGAAAUAUUGCAUGUUAUAGGCUACCAAUGCAAAACUCUUGAA